AAAAGGGGGGGUUCUUUGAAUCCGACCUGGCAACCUCGAAGGAGUCUGGUCUAGGAAAAUACUGCCCGCAGCAGACUACUUGGCAUUAAAGACGGCUGGCGGUAGGAGCUGCGCUUUCCAGAAUCUACUGUUCAGUUUCCCUGCCAACACCAAAUUUGGAUCAACUUGGUGGAGAACAAGAGAAAAACCUGAAUCUUUGCCUAAAUGGUGGAGGCCUGAUCUGAACCUCGUUUUUCCAACCCUCCUGCCAGUUGUUGGCGUCUUCUCUAACAAUAAAAAGUCAAAGUGAAAGCUACCACACUUGGAGCCCUUAUUUGAACAGCAGCUUAAACAUAUUUGGGUUAUUACAGUCUUGAGGAAGUAUACGACUAAGAGUUUCUCGGAUACUUCUGUGUGACAACAUGGCGAAGAAAAACAGCCAAAAGGAUACUUCUGGGGUAGUGUUUGACACUCGCUCAAAAAUGGCCAUGUCCCAGGGAGGAACAGCUGAGAGGAUGAAGGAGAAGAUCAGUGCUGUCAGGGCGGUUGUCCCCAACAAAAGUAACAAUGAAAUUGUGCUGGUGUUACAGCAUUUUGAGAACUGUGUUGACAAGGCCGUUCAAGCUUUCUUAGAAGGCAGUGCAGUUGAGAUCCUGAAGGAGUGGAAUGUCACCGGCAAAAAGAAGCCCAAGAAGAAAAAGAAGCCCAAGCCUCAGCCAGAGGCCUCAGCAGAGCCUGCUCCACCUGAGACCACAUCGCCUGAGGAGGGCAAGGAUGAGAUGAACGGCUUUCAUGCCAACGGAUCGGCAGUGGAUGGAGAGUCACUUGAUUCUCUGAGUGAACAGUUGGACUCCGCUUCCCUGGAUGCAGCUGAGCUGGACUCUGAACCCACUACAUCCGAAACCACCGGUGCAGAAGCAGAAAGUCAAGGUAGCGCUCCAAGUCCCGCCUUACAGCAAGGAGGGAGGAAUCAUCAGGGUCCCAAAGGCAACAAGACCCGACACAGGCCAGGCUCAAAUUCACAUCCACCCACUCCCUUAUUUGCACCCACCACUGAUGAGCAAGGAUCAUCAGGAGCCAAGAAGAUAGCUUCCAACAUUGACCGCUCUGUGAAGGACCUGCAGAGAUGCACUGCCUCGCUGACUCGCUACAGGAUGGUGGUCAAGGAGGAGAUGGACUCUUCAAUCAAGAGGAUGAAGCAGACGUUUGCUGAGCUCCAGAGCUGUUUAAUGGACAGAGAAGUGACUCUACUGGGAGAAAUGGACAAAGUGAAAGCAGAGUCCAUGUCGAUUUUAGACGCCCGGCAGAAGAGAGCAGAGGAGCUCAGACGGCUGACAGACCAGUCUGCAUCCAUGUCUGAGGAGCAGUUGACUGAACUGCGCGCAGACAUCAAGCACUUUGUGAGUGAGCGUAAAUAUGAUGAGGACCUUGGGAAAGCUGUAAGAUUUACAUUUGAUCUUGAACCGCUGAAGACGAGCAUCUUAGGGUUUGGAUCAGUUUACCAUCCGCGUACAGGCUACUCAAAUCGGUCCCGUUGUAGCUCCACGUCCUCUUCUGUCGCCAGCCCAAGCCUGCUGGAAACUCCUCCUCCCACCCAGACCCAAAGCAUCCCCAGUGAAAACCGCCCUCCACCAAACAAACAGAUUUUCCAAGGUAACAGGCGUACUUUCCAGGGACAAGGUUAUCACUCGGGUCAGCGGUAUAAUGGCAGUUCCUACCAUGACAGGAAUGCCAGUCGUGCUAACCACCACUACCAGAGUGACGGUGGCUCUUCUGGUCCCACUUUACAUCACUCUAACAACUUGAGAGGUCCCUCCCGUUCCUCCACGUCCUCCUACAACCAAGACCGACCCUCUCAUAACGGGCUGCCCCAACGGCCUCCGCGGACGCACUGCCCUUGACAUUGGAAAUCCUGUGCUCAGUCAAACCCAUCUACUAACCCUUGCACUUCCCUCCCCUCUCCAUACCCUCCCCAUACCCUACACGCUCUUCCCCCCUACUAACUUCUUUCAAUGAAGAAUAGAAUACAAGUUUACAUAUUUCCGUCGGUUGAGCUGUAGUGCCACCUCUCUGCAUCAAUCUAUUCAUCCCUCAAACUUUAAAAGCUCUCACUGUUCUGUAAUCGCUCUUCCUUUUGCAUUUCCCCCAUCCUGACUAAGGUAACAGCUUCUAUCUUUAGGCCCCCUUUGAGAGAUCUCAUUGCUAUGCUAUUGUCAGUAUCUGUUAUUAAUUUUAGAAGUUAAGCAGUCUGCCAGAGACUGAUAGGACUACCUGCAACAAUCUGUGCACUAUGGAAGUUGAACUCUUAGUACUAUUUCUAUUUUUGCUGUGGCUUAUGUCAGCUCUCCGAUUUGCACCUCAGAUCUUUUUUUUUCUUCUCGUCUCCCUGAAUCAUUUCAAUGCCUUCACCGUGGAAAGCGUUGUGAAAGCGCAAAAGUAGUUCCAGCAUUAAUUUUUGUCAUCAGGAGAGUAGACAUGCAAUCAACACUACAGACUAUCAUUAAUCUUUACAAGGUACAAAAUUAAACAUAUCAAACUAUAAUCCAGAGCUUUUCAUAUGUCUUCUACAAAACAAUAGGGAAGUUAACGCUAGGACUUCGAUGCGUUUGAGAGUAACUGCGGUUGUCCUCUUAAAGGAAUAGUUCAACAUUUGAGAGAUAGCUCGUUCCCUUUCUUGCAAAGAGUUAGAUGAGAUCAGUACCACUCAUGUCCGUAUGCUAAAUAUGAAGCCAUCACCAGUAGCUGCUUAGCAUAAAGACUGGAAGCAGGUGGAAACAGCUUUGUUACCUGUCCUAGUGUAACAAAAUUGGCCUACCAGCACCUCCAAAGCUCAAUAAUUAACACUUUCUAUCCUUGUUUGUUUAUUCUGUGCAAAAACUGUGGUGUAAAAACUAAAAGUUGUUUUUUUAUGGGGGGUUGUGUGCCAGGCAGAGCAAAGCUAGCUGUUUCCCUUAUUUCCAGCCUUUAUGCUAAGCUAAGCUAAUCAGCUGCUGGCUGUAGCUUCAUAUUUACCAUGCAGACAUGAGUGGUAUCUUCUUAUCUAUCUCUGCAAGAAAGCGAAUAAGCGCGUUUCCCAAAUUGUCAAACUAUUUCUUUAAAUAUUGCCUAAGGCAGUGUAUGCACCAUUACUCUUAGAAAACGUUAAAAUGUGAUUUAUUUGAGGGAGGUUUGGUGUAGGCCCUCAUGAUGUAUCGCCCUCCCACUGGCCAACGGGGCUAUCGUGUGUGCUGCUGUUCUCGGCUUGCUGUCCAUUAUUUUAUAACAAAGAGAGGGCUCAUUACCUUUUGUAGAAUAAUGUUAAAUGAUAAAACUCAACAAAGGAAACUGUCCACAUGCUGGUUUAUAGUUCUCGACAUUAAUUCAGAUGGAUUUUCUUCCACACGCACUGUUUGUUCUUUGUGUUUUGUUAUAUGCACACAAAUGGCAUAUUAAUGACGUGCUUGCCUUUAGUCACAGAGAGACUUCACAUUUGCCUUUCUAGAGACAUGGAUGUCUGCAUCAUGACGGCUUUCUAAUCAGAUGGUACUUGUAGAGCAGAUGUGCGAUUUGUGAAUAUAUGUGAGAAUAAGAUGCAAAUCUUUUCUUCCCCUUUUUUAUAUACUUUAUCUCAUCUGUGAAAGUAAAAAAUGAUCAAACUGAUGAAUGCAUUGGAAGGUUGUAUCGAAUUCACAGAUUUUUUUUUUCUAAGGCUGCCAAGUAGACGCUUCAAGGCUGUUGUUGGGGUCAGUCUCAUUGUAGGGUCCACAGUUUGUGAACAAAAAGCUGGUGAAUACCUCAUUGCUGAUCUUUUGACACAGUCUGUUUGUUUGUUUUCUCGCAGUGGGCUCUUAUUAAGGGAAAGGGACCCCUGGUGAUUCCUCGUGUCUUAUCAUCUUGUAGUUAUGUACAUACAAGUAUGUGGAGCUGCAAGGAUGUAGUGUAAAACUGGUUGUUACGUUAUUGCUGCAUCUUCUUCAUAAUGUGUCGUCUUCCCUUGAGCAGACUUUUAGAAAAAAUGAAUUUGAAAUAUUAUGUUCUCUCUCUCUCCCCCCUUUUUGUUUCUUUGUGGGUUUCCUGAUUAUAGGGAGAUGUUUAUUAUUUGAGAUUAAAAAAAAAAAUCCUUACUCCAGUAUUUAUAGUAGUGAAUAUUGUGGAGAAAAGAUCACUAACUUGUUUGCAGUCUUUGGUAAAUAUGUGCUGUAAUGACACACAUAUAGGUUGCCUUUUGACUUAUAGGAAUAGUAUGACAUUUUGAGAAAUAAGCUCAUUCCCUUUCUUACAGUUUGAAAACACUUUCGAUAAAACAUACAGUCACCUUUUGUGCUUGUCGAAGUAUAUUUUCGAGUGAAGAAUGGGCUCAUUGUUGCCCCUUGUGGUCGUUGGGGACAAACACCUAUUACAACUGCGGUUCCGUAGUUGCAGUGUGUUUGCCGCCCUCAUGGGGGCAGUGAUGAGUCCAUUACGACUUGGCACACUACAAUGAGGCGAAGAAGACGCAGCGCUAGAAAACGGAUUUAAAACAAGCCACAAAAAGGUGACAUUUAUGCUUUAUUGCGAGUGGUUUCAAACUGUUUUUCGGUAUCACAGGAGAAAAGACUUUAAAGGAUGAAGACUAACUGGUUAUUUUGGAAAUUGUACAUCUGGUUAACCGCCCCACCUCCAUUAAAAUUGCAGCGCACAGCCGCUUACCUGAGCUUUUCUGUGGAACCACACCGACGCAGUGAAUUAAACAGUCCCGAACGGGGCUAUGAAACGACUUUGUUUCCUGUUCUAAUAUAACAAAAUCCGCCUACCAGCACUUCUAAAUGUCACUAAUUAACAUGUUAUAUCUCGUUUGUUUACGCCACACAUAGUUUAAAAACGACAAUUCACCGUUUACAGCAGGUUAUGUGCCGGACUAUUUCUUGGCUGCAAUCGGUGACUUCCUGGAGUCUCUGCUGGUUGCCUGGCAACUGCUCAGAGCCAAGAAAUAGUCCGGCACAUAACCCUCCGUAAAACUGCGAAUUGUCGCUUUUACACUUCAGUUUUUGUACGGAUUAAACAAAGAAAGAUAUAUAUAUAUAACGUGUUAAUUUGUGAGCUUGGAUUUUGUUAUCUUUGGACAGCCAGGCUCGCUUUUAACCCGUUUCCAGUCUUUGUGCUAAGCUAAGCUAACCGGCCGCUCUGUUUAGUAUUGUAGAUUUCUUAAAAUGUCAAACCAUUAAUUUAAAUGCUUUCAGAGGUGGUAACUUUGUUAUAAUGUCACAAAGAUUUUUAUUGACUGACGUUGAUGGGGAAAAUUGUACAAAAUUCCUCAACCAGUUCUCUGCUUAAUGAUGGCAGGAGGAUGUACCAAUCCGCUUUUAUUCCAGCAUACCUCUAGUAGUUGGAGGUGCUGGACUUGUUCAAAUCAAGACUCAAGGAGAGUCGUUUUCUCAUCUGGGAUUUUGUCCAUCUCACUUUAACCACUUUUGUUGUUUUACAUUCCAACCCCUAGGAUUAUUAAGUUGUCGCCAAAGAAGUGAUUUCAUCCUAUUUUUAAAGUUGCUGCCUUUUUCUUUCUUCGGCCUGUAAAGAAUUCCAAAGCGGAUAAAUCCAACACUUCACCUUUUCUUCUUCUUCCCACCCCACUUUGUUUUUGGUUUCCUUACUGUAUAUACAUAUAUGUAGCUAUAUAAUUUUGUGCUCACAUGGGGCAUUUUGUAUGUGAUAUUCAUAUUAGGCAUUAUGGAGGUUCAAAUAUCUAGUUCAUUCAUUCUUCCAGUAGAUUCUGUCCUUCUUCUCAAGACACCUUUUCUGAGACAACUGUAAACUCAAGUGCCUUUUCUUGUCUCCCACCGAUUCAUUGACAUCCCCCUCCACCAAAAUAUGGACCAAAGACAUCGACCGUCCCCGACACCCCUCUCCUUUCUUUCUUCCACUCACUGAAUUGCACACUUUUCAUUUACUACGAAUAAACAGUUUGCAGUA